UUUUUGGGGGGUAUUCGGCAGCUGUCAGUUGGUGGAGAAUUUUUAUAGCACUUUUGGCCAGCGUCGGCAGUCAUCAUUAAGCAUAACCUAGUCGUCGAGUGCACGCGAUACACGUUUGGUCCAAUUGGAUUUCAUCAGCAAAAUCAAAAAAUACUUGGGCAUAAAUUUUGCGUGGAUUUUGUCAGUUAAUUUGGAAUUAAAUUUUGAGUUUAUAAUGGCUACUGUUGAAUCACUAGCUGAAAUCAAUGACGUGGUGCAGAUACUGCGACAAUGGGAGGAGGAUCAUACAUCGCCCAGUUACGAUCCCAUUCCCACACUCCAGAGAUUAGCUGAGAUCAUAGAGCUGGAGACUGAGAACUACCUCAAGAUGGAUCCAGAUCCAUUCGAUGAGAGACAUCCAUCGCGAACCGAUCCUGAGUGUAAUUUUGGUCACAUACUCAAGGUUUUAUUUCGUAAAGAUAAUUUUAUGACCAAGCUGAUAAACGAUUACCUCCGCGAUACAUACUGGUCUCGUGCGGGUAUCCAGGGUCGAGACGUUCGUAAACUGAAUAUAGCAGCCUGCAGACUGAUGCUGGACAUCCUUCCAGGACUAGAAACCUCCGCAGUAUUCCAGCCCGAUAUGGACGGCCUGAUCCACCGCUUAUUCACCUGGGCAGAGAAAUCAGUGGAGCCCUUGCAGAGCUACGCGACAGGUCUCCUGGCAGCGGCAAUGGAAGUCCAAGACAUAGCAACGGGCUUUCGCGAGCAAAAUGGUCGAAUGGUUCCCCUGAUGCUGCAACGUCUGCACAAGCUCCAGGAGAAAGCUCACGAGGACCGCCAGACCACCUCCAACUCCCGUCCAUUCGCUCACUUCGGCCAGACGCGAAAUUCCUUCGGUGAUGGUGAGCAUAAGGGUGUCCCAGGGAAGCGAAAAGUUCGAGAUAAAAAACGUGAGAAUGGAGUGGCAAAAAGUCCCAACGCCCUUUUCGGUUCUGAGGAAGAGGAGGCAGACAGUGCAGAGGAGACACCCACCAAGAAGCUCAAAAGUGAUCAGGAGGAUCCCUCCACCUCAGUGAAGGUCGUUCCCUAUCCUGAGAUAAUGUCCCCACCUCAGGCGAUCCCAAAAUCCCAAAGUCACCCUACCAACCAAACAACGCCUUCAAAAGUCUCGACUAGAGCAACACCUCCGAAAUUUACUGGCCCCUCUCGUUCGAGCGUCCCCAGAAAUCUCACUCAGACGUCCUCAACGCCGUCGAUGCUGCUGGAGGGGAACUCGAACUCCUCCUGGGCAGAGCUCGAGUCAUAUGUGAUUGGUAACGUCCAGAUACACCCACCGACCCUUGCCACAAGACAGAUGUUGAUCUUGAGAUAUUUAACACCGAUGGGAGAAUACCAGGAGUUCCUUGGGCACGUGUUCGAGCAGAACGCCCUUGAUUUGAUCCUCAAGUACAUAAACGUGAGGGAAACGAAGGACAGUAGACUAGCCUUCGAGGCAUUGAAGUACCUGGCGUCUCUACUGUGUCACAAAAAAUUUUCGAUAGAAUUUUUAAACGUUGGAGGACUGCAAAAAUUGUUGGACGUGCCAAGACCUAGUGUAGCUGCCACUGGAGUAUCCAUCUGCCUGUAUUAUCUGGCAUAUUGUGAGGAUGCUAUGGAGAGGGUGUGUCUUCUGCCGAAGCACAUCAUAUCGGAUUUAGUAACUUACGCUCUGUGGUUGUUGGAGAGGAGCCACGACUCUGGGAGAUGUCAUGCCACCAUGUUCUUCGGUUUUUCAUUUCCCUUCAAGGUUAUUCUGGAGGAGUUUGACACCCAGGACGGUCUUAGGAAGCUCUACAACGUCAUAUCGACCCUUCCAAUUCUGAAUAUCGAGGAGGAACCGACGCUGAACGACGAUGAGGAGUGUGCAUCGAGGCAGAUUGUUAGGCACGUUGCAGUGGCUUUGAAGAGGUACAUGGAGGCUCAUCUGUACUUGAAGGCUGAGCAGCUCCAGAGGAUGGAGAACGCCAGGGUCGAGAAGGACACCUGGCAGCCGUCCAUUCCCCCCUACAAGGCUUGCAAAUUGUCCUCUGAAGAGGUGCAGUCGAAAGUGGAAAUCCUCCAGGAGCUGAUGAACUGCAGAGCCUCCUGGGCUCCUGUUGAGGAGCUCCACAGGCUGGGAGGUAUAACCCUCUUGCUCCAGAUCAUUGCUUUUGCACGCGAGUGGAACUACAAUGGUCGAGCUCACACCUCGUCCAGCGCUGAGACUGUUCGAUCCUGUCUGGAUGUAAUAGCCAUCUGCUCGGUCGUUCCAAAAGUGAUGUUGCUGUUGUGUGACAGAGUGGACAUGCCAGAUAUGUCCAUGACGAUGGCGAUAAAUCUAUUACUGGCUGCUGCUGAGUGUGAGAUCAUUGCUGAUGCUGAUGUUCAGAGGGCAGCGUUGAGAGCUGUUGUCAAUUGUGUUUGUGCACCAUUGAGCAGGGUCGGUGGAAAUUUAGCUAGAUAUUCAGCUAUUGGUUCUGCUAAGAAAAAGGCUAACAUUCAGAAUAGUGAGGAGAUCAUUCAGAAGGUCUGGGAGAGUGUCAGAUCGAACAACGGAAUAAUGGUUCUACUUCAGCUGAUGAUGGUGAAGACACCUAUCACUGAUGCCGACAGUAUCAGGGCACUGGCCUGCAGGGCUCUAGCUGGUCUAGCCAGGAGUGAAAAGGUCAGGCAGAUCAUCUCAAAAUUGCCAAUGUUUACGGACGGACAGAUCCAGGCAUUGAUGAAGGACCCAAUACUACAGGAGAAACGACAGGAGCACGUCACCUUUCAGAAGUACGCCUUGGAGCUAAUGGAGAGGGUAUCAGGUAAGGCGAAACCCACUGGGGCUGAGUAUGAGAUGUCCUUGGUGAGUCUCCAUCGUGCCAAUGUCGUAGCGCAGACGAGAAUACAGUACAACGAGCAGCAGUUGAAUCAGCUGAUCUAUCAGCACUUGGUGUCCAAAGGACUGACUGAGACUGCUACAAGCCUUCAACGAGAGGUCAAUCUGGACUCCCAUCCCAUUAUGAAGUCAGUGACUUGUUAUCAUCCCGUUACAUUUAGGAGCCCAGUCACCACGACGCGCGCUGGAUUUUCUCCGGGUGCUCCCGUUAAUCUCUAUAACACUAGUAGAUGCCCCAGAGAGGGCAAUACCCGGCCAAGCCCCCUGCAAACACCAACCUCCUCGACAUCACGAUUCAUCACUCAUGUACCAAAUACAACACCAACAGCCAAUCAGCCUUCGUCUAGAAUUAAAUUAUCAGAUUGUCUCAAUGCCAGUCCAGUUAGUAGUAAUCUACAGCCGAUGAAAUUGCAGAUUCACCAGAAAAAACACAAUCAGCAGGAGAAACAUCAGAGCGGCAGUUCAUUGUCCAAUUUGCAGAGCAUUCUCCAGUCCCCCAGUAACUCCAGAUCCCUGCAAAAGCAGAUAUCGAGGGAUCCUGGUGGUGGUGGAGGGACACUUGCCACUGGAAAUAUGACUUCUAUCAUAAGUCUGGAUUCAAUCAUCACUGAGUACCUCACGAAUCAGCACGCCCUUUGUAAGAAUCCCAUGGUGACGUGUCCGCAGUUCAAUCUCUUUGAACCACACAAGUGUCCCGACCCCAGGGCAAAGAACUCUGCAGCCACUAACAUGACGAUGAGAGUCGCCAGGAGACAACUGGGUAUCGACGACAGAAGGCUGGAUAGAAGGCACAUCUACAGUAGAUUCUGCCCAGUUAAGUCUUUCCGUCCAGCUGACGUAGAGGGGAUAUUCACCUGUUGCACUUUUACCCCCUGUCAGCAGUAUCUUAUGCUCGGUACUUACUCGGGGGAUGUGAAAAUGUACAACGCUCAUACUGGAAAUGAGGAGGCGACUUAUCAGUGUCACGAUACACUUUCGCAUAUUUAUCAUAUGGAGUGCAAUCGAAAGGGCAAUCUCAUGCUGACGUCAACUGCCUGGAGAAGUCCCAUGUCUGCUUUGUGGAGUAUCGGGGCCUUUUUUGAUAUGAAAAUGCCUUUCGAGAGUGAAGAUUACGUCGAGUUUAGUAAACUACAGGACAGGAUCAUUGGGACACAGGGGGAGAGCGCCACCAUUUAUGAUAUUGCCAGUGGAAAGCUAUUGAACACCUUGACACCCUCCAUAUCGAAUCAGUACACCAAGAACAGAGCGACUUUCAGUAUGAAUGACGAGUUGGUGCUGAGCGAUGGCAUCCUCUGGGAUGUUAAUUCAGGAAAAGAGAUUCAUAAGUUCGACAAACUUAAUCAGACACUCAAUGGGGUAUUCCAUCCCAAUGGGACUGAAGUCGUGUCCAAUACUGAGGUCUGGGACCUCAGGACAUUUCAUCUGCUCAAGACUGUGCCUGCAUUGGAUCAGAUGAACGUCAUUUUCUCACCGAUUAAUCAUAUUAUUUAUGCUAUCUCGUUGGAUCAGGAUACAGAGGAUGAGUCCAAUUAUGUGACGUCUUUCAAGACACUGGAUGCACUCGACUACAGCAGCAUUGCUACCUAUGAUGUCAGGAGGUCGAUCUGCAGUUUGGCUUGUAAUAAAUACGACACGCAGAUUGCUGUUGUCGAGAAUCAGGGAGAGUACGACAGUGUCCAGGAGUCCUGCGUCCGGUUGUAUGAUGUGGGGAGGAGGAGGGACGAUGAGGAUGAGGCGGAGGAAGAGGAGGAGGAAGAUCUGGACGCUAGCGAUGAUGAUGGAUCGAACUCUGGGUCUGAUGACAAUAAUGAUGGAGAUGGGGAUAAUGCUGAUGCUAACGGUGAGGACAACGGCGAUGAUAUGAAUUUGAAUGAGGACAAUGGAGACGACGAUUCGAGCCUUGAUGGAGAUAAUUCAACGAAUGGAAGCGAUUAUUCGCCUGACAUGGAUUUCUCUGGAGAAUAUUCAGAUAUGGAUGAAUUUGAAAUCCUCUUCUCGUGAAUCGAGGAUAAUAGAGGAAUUGAUGAAGAAAACGUUUAUCAUGAUUUUUUUUCCAAAGAUGGAAAAUGGGAAAAUGUGGCCUGAUUAAUAAAGCUCAAUGGCUGUGUCGCUGAUUUUCCCUCGAUGUACUAUCUAAUGUGAACCUGCUGCCAGAUGUUUUCCUAUUUCGCCGGAUCAAUCAAUUUUUUUUUUCUAUUUUGUUCAUUUCCCAAUCGAUCGAGUUGUGAUGGAGAUUGUAAUGAUAAAGCCACUUUUCACGGGAGAAAAGAUUUUUCUGGGAACUUUUCUUUUUUUAUGAAAUCGGUGGAAUAAUCAAGAACGUUUAAGAAAAUGUAAGUGUAUAAAUUGAAUAAUAAAUGAUAAUUAAAUAUU